AUGAGUUGCGGGAUAGCUGGUUUCAUGCAGCAUACAGCAGGGACAUUAUACUCCCCGUCUCUUGCAUGGUCGAGUGAACAUGACACAGAUAUUACAUCAACUAGUGACACAUAUAUAACAUCAAACAGUGACACAUAUAUUACAUCAAACAGUGACACAGAUAUUACAUCAAAUAGUGACACAGAUAUUACAUCAAAUAGUGACACAGAUAUUACAUCAAAUAGUGACACAGAUACUACAUCAAACAGUGACACAGAUAUUAUAUCAAAUAGUGACACAUAUAUAACAUCAAACAGUGACACAGAUAUUACAUCAACUAGUGACACAGAUAUUACAUCAAAUAGUGACACAGAUAUUACAUCAAAUAGUGACACAGAUAUUACAUCAAAUAGUGACACAGAUAUUACAUCCAAUAGUGACACAGAUAUUAUAUCAAAUAGUGACACAGAUAUUACAUCCAAUAGUGACACAGAUAUUAUAUCAAAUAGUGACACAGAUAUUACAUCAAAUAGUGACAUAGAUAUUACAUCAAAUAGUGACACAGAUAUUACAUCAAAUAGUGACACAGAUAUUACAUCAAAUAGUCACACAGAUAUUAUAUCAAAUAGUGACACAUAUAUGACAUCAAAUAGUGACACAUAUAUUACAUCAAACAGUGACGCAGAUAUUACAUCAAAUAGUGACACAGAUAUUACAUCAAAUAGUGACACAGAUAUUACAUCCAAUAGUGACACAGAUAUUAUAUCAAAUAGUGACACAGAUAUUACAUCAAAUAGUGACACAGAUAUUACAUCAAAUAGUGACACAGAUAUUACAUCCAAUAGUGUCACAGAUAUUAUAUCAAAUAGUGACACAGAUAUUACAUCCAAUAGUGACACAGAUAUUAUAUCAAAUAGUCACACAUAUAUUACAUCCAAUAGUGACUCAGAUAUUAUAUCAAAUAGUCACACAGAUAUUAUAUCAAAUAGUGACACAGAUAUUACAUCCAAUAGUGACACAGAUAUUAUAUCAAAUAGUGACACAGAUAUUAUAUCAAAUAGUGACACAGAUAUUACAUCAAAUAGUGACACAUAUAUCGGUAUACAACGCAAUAGUUGA